AUGAGGAGCAUUGAAGAGGAAGAGCCCAUCUCUGGUGUUAGUUGUCAAAUUUCUGUUAGUGAAUUUUCUUGCCACUGCUGUUAUGACAUCCUGGUGAAUCCUACUACCUUGAACUGUGGGCACAGUUUCUGUCGACAUUGCCUGGGUCUAUGGUGGGUGUCCUCAAAGAAAACAAAAUGUCCAGAGUGCCGAGAGAAAUGGGAAGGUUUUCCAAAAGUAAAUAUUCUGCUCAGAGAUGCCAUUGAAAAAUUGCUUUUAACAUUGACAGAUGAAGACUUUUCAAAGGCUCCAUAUAACAUAGAGAAUAGUAGCCACAGAAAAGCCAUCAUAAUGGAACUGGAGUGUGUCAAAACUUUAGGAGUAAAGCCCCCACAGAAUCUUUGGGAAUGCAAGUCUGUCAACCCAGGCAAGUCAUUAUUCCUAUUGUAUGCCCUGAAGGGCUCCCCAAGACUCAGUAUGUUGUAUCUGUACUUGUUUGAUUAUGCAGAAACCUUCUUACCUUUCAUCCAUACAGUAUGCCCUAUGCAAGAAAAAGAAGAUAUCAUCACAAAGUUUCUUGACUUUAAAGAACCCACUUGGAAGCAGUGGAGAGAAUUCCUUGUUAAAUAUUCUUUCCUUCCAUAUCAAUUGAUUGCUGAAUUUGCCUGGGAUUGGCUUGAUGUGCACUACUCGACAUCAUGGUUUCUUAUUGUUAAUGCUAAGUUACUCUCUGUUCUGGAGUUAUUUUCCUUCUGGAGAAUUUGGUCAAGGAAUGAAUUGAAAACUGUUCCUCACAUAAUGUGGAGCCAUUUUUGGAAAGUAUCAACACAGGGACUUUUUUGGCCUAUUAUUCCUCAGUUUAUUUGCAACUGUUUAUUUUACUGGGCCCUAUACUUUAACCCAAUUAUCAACUUUGAUCUUGACCAGAAACCCAAGUGCUGCUGUGGGCCGGCAGCUCAGAAGGCAGCCCGGGGCAGCUGA